AGCGCUAUCACGGUAAUCCCCCCCCAUGCAAUACAGCCGAUAUUGCACGGCCUCCUUCCGACCGGCACCUGCAGGCGAGCAGCAAGCAUGAGCGUGGCAACGGGUGACCACGGGUGUCAGGAGCCUGUGAUCUGAACAGUGUCUUCAGCCGACGUCCCAGCGGCGAGGAGCUCUUCAUCCUGACCAUGGAGGACUGCCUUCACACCUCCUCCGAAAACCUCUCCAAACUGGUCAGCUGGGCCCACAGCCACGGGACCAUUUGCAGCCUCAUCCCGAACCUCAAGCAUCUGCUCUCCGAGGGGGCUCAUGGAAACCUGACGGCCAUGUGGGGCUGCAGCGCUGGCCAUGCCUACCACUGGCCCCUGGCUGCCACUUGCCGAGCCGGCUCUCAGGAGCGGGUCUGCUUCCAGGACAGCCGCAGCUUCAACUCGGACAGCCCCAGCAUGCUGGGGGUGCCCUCGGAGGUGCAGGCCAGCCCCCUGGAGCGCUACCCUGGACGGCCGGGCAAGACGAAGCUGGACUGCACCCGUACCCGUGACUCCUGCGACUUCUCCUGCUGCAGCGAGCCUUCGGAGCUCGGCGAGCCCGUGGAGGAGUACGAGGAUGAGGCCACCCUCUUUGACAUGGUCUGUGAAUCCUCCGUCACCGACGAGGACAGCGAUUUCGAGCCGCACACGCACCGGGCCCCCGCCGGCCCCCGCAAGCGGCCGCCUGCCAGCCUGCCCGCUGCUGCCCAGGCCCAGCCUGCCGAUGAGGGUGGCGGGGAGGUGCUCCUCAAGAAGAUAAAGCAGGAGCUCCCUGAGGACUACUACAUAGUGGCCAACGCCGAGCUGACGGCUGGCACUGACGGGCCAGCGCUCGCCCUGACGCAGAUGUCCAAGCCCAAGCUGCAAACCCAGCCCGGACCCUCCUGCCUGGGCCCUACCAAGGCACUGCCCCAGCCAGCGCCAGGCCCCGAACCCGACCCGCAGCACCGCUCCACCUCGCCCCCCGGCCCGCCCCGGCUGCCCACACAGAGACCGCCCCGCGGCCCCCUGGCGUCCCCGGCACGGGGAGCAGCCGGUGGCCCUGCGGCUGCCCUGCAGGUGCCCGCCACCAGCUCCAACGCUGCCGCGGGGAAACCCAUCAGUAUCCCCCUCUCCGCCCUGCAGCUCCCCGGGCAGGAGGAGCCGCCAGCCGCUGAGGAGACCCUCCCGGCCGCCCCUCCGCCGGCCCCGGGAGGGGAGGCAGCCGGCUCGCCCUCGGUGAGUGCCGAGCCUGAGGUCAGCUCCAGCCAGCAGCAGCCCCCCGCAGUCCCCACCACCACCCCUGAGGCCGCAGUGCAGCUGAUGCCAGACCAGGAUGAGCGAGCAGCAGAGCUCAGCAGGGAGCAGAACGAGAAGACCAUUCGCAGCACACAGACAGCUCUCCGCAAUUUCCGAGAAUUCCUCAUCUCCAAGUACCCCUCUGAGACCCGGGAGAUCUAUGUCAUCCCCUGCAAAGAGCUUGAUGCCUACCUCGCUUCCUUCUUUGUGGAUGCCAGGCAAAAGGAUGGGUCUGAAUACGAGCCAAACAGCCUGGCCAACUACCAGUGUGGGCUGGAGAGGUAUCUCAAAGAGCACAGGUAUGGAUACAGUAUUACGAGGGAUAAGGAGUUCAAAAGGUCCCAGGAAGCUCUAAAGCAAAAACAGAUCGAGCUGAGGUGUAAAGGAAAAGGAAACAAGCCACACAAAUCCAUGAAGCUCACCUUUGCCGAUGAGCUGAUCCUGCGCAAAAGAGGCUUGUUGAGCCGAUACAAUCCCGAAGGCCUCCUGAACCUCGUCUGGCUGAAUAACACCAAGGCCUUUGGACACUGCACGGGCUUCCACGGGUCCACCCUCAAGUGGGGAGACAUCCGGCUGCGGGUGACAGAGACUGGGCUGGAAUACCUGGAGUGGAUGGGGCCGGACAACGGGGAUAUCAAUGCCAAGAGCAAGAGGGGCGGGACGGACUCACGGGUCUACGCCACCCAGCACUCCCCGCAGACCUGCCCCGUGCAGGACUACAAGGAGUACGCCCAGAGGCGACCGCCAGCCAUGCGCUACGAGGACGCGCCCUUCUACCUCUCCAUCAAACCCGUCGUCAACUUGGCCGCGCUUCACUGGUACAACUGCCAAGCCCUGGGGAAAAACAAGCUUGCCAAGAUGGUAAAGACCAUGUGUGAGAAAGGCAACAUCCCCGGACGGAAGACCAACUUCAGUGUCUACCAGAGCUGUAGCACCCUCUCAGAAGCGCAGAGCAACCAGCUGGUGCUGAUCUGCAAUAACUUGAGCCAGCAGGCUGCCCAGUCCAUGGCCAGCCACUCCAGUACCGGCAACUUCAUAGUGUCGGCAUCCUAUGACUCUUCCUCUGACACAGCUUGAAAGAGGGAUGUCACCUGAACACUUCUUCCUUUUCCUUUUUGUUUUAACCACUGAUUGUGUGCCCAACAAAUCAACUGUGAUUGUACACUUCUC